GAUAUCGUUCAAUGCAAUAUGGCGAUGCGCAUCGGUGUUUGAUGCAGUGCAUUCAAUCGUAUUCGAUGCAGUGACAGCGAUUGUGACGUGAUAGCGAGACGGUUAUCAUCGGCAGUGUGCAUUUUGAGUGCGUGUUCAACGCGAACACUCGUCGCGGUUGAUCGGUGAAGAUUUGACGCAGGAGAGAAUUGUGUGGCACGUGUCUACGGGUCACAGACAAAAUGUCCAAGCCGGACGAGAAUGCGGACACCGGCGACACCGGGGACAACUCGAACGGCUCCUCGGCGGAGACCUCGUCGUCGAGGGGCGGCGAUUUCGAAACGAAGCUCGAGACGGAUCGCAGCAAGCGAUUCGACUACCUGCUUAAACAGACCGAGAUAUUUUCGCACUUCAUGACAAACAACCAGAAAGACAAGGGCAGUCCCCUGAAGAUCAAGGCUGGCAGGCCCAGGAAACAGCCGGCGGAGAAUCCCAAGUUGGAUCCGGGUGAUCACAGGCAUCGCAAGACCGAGCAGGAGGAGGACGAGGAGCUGCUGGCCGAGAGCAACGCCAACGUCGCGCCGACCACCCGCUUCGAAUCGUCGCCGCAUUAUAUCAAGUCUGGUGAGUUGCGCGAUUACCAGAUACGCGGUCUGAACUGGAUGAUAUCGCUGUACGAACAUGGGAUAAACGGCAUCCUCGCGGACGAGAUGGGUCUCGGUAAGACACUGCAAACCAUUUCCCUGCUCGGCUAUAUGAAACACUUUCGUAACAUUCCCGGUCCACACAUCGUGAUCGUACCGAAAUCGACGCUGGCCAACUGGAUGAACGAGUUCAAGAAGUGGUGCCCGACCCUCCGGGCCGUUUGCCUCAUCGGAGAUGCAGAGACCAGAAAUACCUUCAUCAGGGAUGUGAUGAUGCCUGGAGAAUGGGACGUGUGCGUCACGUCCUACGAGAUGGUCAUCAAAGAGAAGUCGGUGUUCAAGAAGUUCAAUUGGCGUUACAUGGUUAUAGACGAGGCUCACAGAAUAAAGAACGAAAAAUCCAAGCUGUCAGAGAUCCUCAGGGAAUUUAAGACGACUAAUCGGCUUCUAUUGACAGGCACACCGCUGCAAAAUAAUCUGCACGAGCUGUGGUCCCUGCUGAAUUUCCUUUUACCAGACGUGUUCAACAGUUCCGAUGAUUUCGAUUCCUGGUUCAACACAAACAGCUUCCUGGGCGACAACUCAUUGGUUGAAAGAUUGCACGCGGUUCUAAGGCCGUUCCUUCUGAGGCGCUUAAAGUCCGAGGUAGAGAAGGGACUCAAACCCAAGAAAGAAAUCAAAGUGUACAUCGGCCUGAGUAAAAUGCAGAGAGAGUGGUACACCAAGGUAUUGAUGAAGGACAUAGAUAUCGUGAACGGUGCUGGAAAAAUUGAGAAAAUGAGGCUGCAGAACAUCUUGAUGCAAUUGAGAAAGUGCUGCAAUCAUCCGUAUCUGUUCGACGGAGCUGAACCCGGACCACCGUACACCACUGACGAGCACCUGGUCUACAACUGUGGUAAAAUGGUGAUACUCGACAAGUUGUUGCCGAAAUUGCAGCAGCAGGAAUCUCGCGUCUUGAUAUUCAGCCAGAUGACGAGGAUGUUGGAUAUUCUAGAAGACUAUUGCCACUGGCGGUGCUUCCAGUAUUGUAGACUGGAUGGUAAUACCGCUCAUGAGGACCGACAACGACAGAUCAACGAGUACAACGCGCCCGACAGCGAGAAAUUCAUCUUUAUGUUGUCGACUCGUGCGGGCGGUCUGGGCAUCAAUCUCGCGACCGCCGACGUGGUCAUCAUUUACGAUUCUGAUUGGAAUCCGCAGAUGGAUCUACAGGCGAUGGACCGCGCGCAUCGUAUAGGUCAACAGAAGCAAGUGCGAGUCUUCAGAUUCAUCACGGAGAACACGGUGGAGGAGAAGAUUGUCGAACGUGCUGAGGUAAAGUUGCGCUUAGACAAGCUUGUUAUUCAACAGGGACGAUUGGUGGACGCCAAGCAGACCGCGUUGAACAAGGACGAGAUGCUGAACAUGAUCAGACACGGCGCGAACGAGGUGUUUGCGUCCAAGGACAGCGCCAUCACCGACGAGGACAUAGAUACGAUAUUGCAGAAGGGCGAAGCCAAAACGGAAGAGAUGAAACAGAAACUCGAGAGUCUCGGCGAGUCAUCGUUGCGCAACUUUACCGUGGACGCACCGACAGAUUCGGUGUAUCAAUUCGAGGGCGAGGAUUAUCGUGAGAAACAGAAGAUCUUAGGGAUAGGUAACUGGAUCGAGCCGCCGAAACGCGAGCGUAAAGCGAACUAUGCUGUCGACGCGUAUUUCAGAGAAGCGUUGAGAGUGUCGGAGCCGAAGGCGCCGAAAGCACCGCGACCACCAAAACAGCCUAUAGUUCAAGAUUUCCAGUUCUUCCCACCGCGACUUUUCGAGCUACUGGAUCAGGAGAUCUACUAUUUCAGGCAGACGGUCGGCUACAAAGUGCCGAAGAAUCCCGAAAUGGGAUCAGACGCCGCGCGAAUUCAAAAGGAGGAGCAGCGUAAGAUCGACGACGCUCAGCCGCUCACGGACGAGGAGAUCGCCGAAAAGGAGAAGUUGCUUCUACAGGGUUUCACCAACUGGACCAAACGUGACUUUAAUCAGUUCAUCAAGGCGAAUGAAAAGUACGGCCGCGACGACAUCGAGAACAUCGCGAAAGAGGUGGAGGGAAAAACGCCGGAGGAAGUCAUGGAAUAUUCGGCCGUUUUCUGGGAACGUUGCCAUGAGCUCCAGGAUAUAGAUCGCGUCAUGGCGCAGAUCGAACGCGGUGAGGCGAAAAUACAAAGGCGCGCCGGUAUCAAGAAGGCUCUGGACGCGAAAAUGGCCAGAUAUCGCGCGCCUUUCCAUCAGCUGAGGAUAUCCUACGGCACGAACAAGGGUAAGAAUUAUACCGAGGAGGAAGACAGAUUUCUCGUCUGUAUGCUGCACAAGCUCGGAUUCGACAAGGAGAAUGUGUACGAGGAGCUACGGGCUACCGUGAGAUCGGCGCCGCAAUUCCGCUUCGAUUGGUUCGUCAAGUCGCGCACCGCGCUGGAGCUGCAACGUCGUUGCAACACUUUGAUAACAUUGAUAGAACGGGAGAAUCAAGAGCUGGAGGAACGCGACAGACAAGAGAGGAAAAAGAAAGGCGGUAGCAUAGGGACGAAACCGGCCUCAAAGCGGAAACAAGAAAAUUUGCCAGCGCCACAGGACAAGCCACGAAAAAAGAAAAAAUAGAUUGUCGAGUGUGUUAAAAACGUGUUUCUGUCUGGACUCUUAGAACUGUCUUUAUGCCUCUAUACGCGAUGUACGACUGAAAUAUGGACCACGGAUAUCCACAAAGGCGCUUUUUCUACAUUUAUUACAGAUUCGCCAUUUUUCACAGCAGUCUUUUUAACGUGUUCCAUGAUUUCACGCCCACCGCACUUCAUAUUUCAUUGUAAUAAAAUACAUUUUUAAACAACGGCUUUUUAGACCUCUCGUCAGGUUUCACUGAACAUUGCGUUUUAGGAAAAGGAAAUUUAGAUAAUUUAUCAUAACUUUUGAGAUGUAAACAGAGAUGUAAAUGCGUGGGCAUAAGUUCCAAACUAGAGAUCUCAGCGUCACGGAAUUCUCGAUAAUACACAUAGUUACUGCGUGGUUAUCUCCUAAUGUAACAGCAAAGUUCGUAUUAUUGCGAGUAUUUUCCGUCUAUACUUACCAUAUCGACGGAUAGCUGAAUGUGAAAAAAGAGGAAGCAUGCUAUUUAUUUCUUUGAAUUUCAAAACUUAAGUUGUUUUAUUAAUGAAGUUCUCUCUCAUCUCAUUUUGACGAACUUCAGGACUCGAUAUUAUUCUUUACAUACAUCAAGCAAAUCAACUCGUGUUAACUCCUAUAAUUAUCAUUCAAAUCUACGCACUAGCUCAUAGUAUCAUUGAUAUACUUACAUUAUAUCUACGUAUUACGUGCUGCCGUGACAUUAUAAUGAUCGAAAAGAUUCAAAGUAUUAUUGACAUAUGACGUAAUAUUGGUAUGCGCUGAUCCAUUCUAGCAUUCUUUCAAAUACGUGGAUCAUUCCCAAAUGAAAUACGAGAUUGCAGUUUCAUCGUUCAUGUGUAACGUUGCAACUUAUUAUUAUGUAUGAAAAUCUAUUAUUUCUGUCUUAAAAAGCGACAUAUAUACACAUACAUACACACAAAUCAAUUUUACAUUUGAACUUACACAUGCGUACGUGCAUAAAAUAAAAUGGUGAAGGUUCUACAAUUCGUAUUCAAUUCGGAGAAACUUCAUAAUAAAUAAAUAUCAUAUUAUCACGAACAUAAGAAAUAUUUUAUUUCAGUUGCCAUGUAUUAUCGCUGCUUCUCACGAGAUAUUUAUUAUCCAUUUCAGUUCGAUCGCAUUCACAAUUGUGUGGAAAUUUGCGUUAAAUUUAUAUAAAAUAUUGGCCAAUUGUUAAAAAUACAUCAUAUCUAUUAUAGGCUCAGCAGUAAGCAUAAUGCUCUGAUACUUGAUUUAUAAGUGCGAGAAUGUAUUGUGCAAAAUGUGUAUGUGCAGAACUAAAGAAAACUAAAACCUUUAAUA